AUGCCAUAGCAAUUUGGACACAACUUCAACAGAAAUAGUAUGCGGGUGGAGGUUGCGUGUGGGAUAGAGUAGUCGUUGUGUUGUACAUUACGCGGUGUUUUUUUUUUGUUUAUUUUUCAUUUGAGUGCAUAUAGUUCAUUUUACGGCCGUGCUUAGGGUAGGAUUUCCAACUACGGAAAUAUCGCAAAUGUCUCAAGGUGAAUUAUUGCAAUUUGUAAAUUGUCGUUUGGUACGUAAUCAUAAGCUGAUACAGGAAGAUCUUUGGGUGCGCAAUGGCAAAAUCAUUAAUCCAGAGCCAGUAUUCUUCGAUGAGAAGCAGCGGGCACAUCAACAAAUCGAUUGUGGAAAUUCCAUUAUAGCUCCCGGCUACAUUGAACUCCAGAUUAAUGUUUUAAUCCGAAGGCGUAAAAGCACACUGCUGCUUUAAAUGCUUUGCCAUUAUCGGCAAAUAUGCGGUUACGGCGUUGACUUCUCAUACGAUGUGGAUACAGUCGCUGAAGGCAUUGAGAAGGUCGCAAAAGAGCUAAUCACAAAUGGGGUUACUUCAUUUUGUCCCACCAUUGUAACGUCGCCACCGGAAACUUAUCGGAAAAUUAUACCACAAGUAACGGGCACAACAACAGGCGCACAAGUUUUGGGCUUGCAUUUAGAAGGUCCUUUUAUCAGCCCACAAAAGAAGGGAGCCCAUCCGGAGAACUGCAUCAAAGAUAUUGAUAAUGGCAUAGACACGUUGGUGGAGGCCUACAGCAACUUAGGAAAUGCCAAAAUUAUCACGCUUGCACCGGAAAAAGAUCCAACGGGCGCUGUCACAAAAGCGCUGACAAACAUGGGUAUCACUGUAGCCUUAGGACACUCCAUUGCCAACUUGUCUCAAGGUGAACUUGCUGUGCAAAAUGGUGCGCGGUUGAUUACACAUCUUUUCAAUGCCAUGUUACCGUUCCAUCAUCGGGACCCUGGUCUGGUUGGCUUGCUGGCGUCCAAUAACAUUCCACCUGCCCAGGAAAUUUUCUUUGGCAUAAUUGCUGACGGCAUUCACACACAUCCGGCUGCUUUGCGUAUAGCCCACCGCACUCAUCCCGAUGGUCUUAUACUGGUUACGGAUGCAAUUGCAGCACUCGGUCUGGGCGAGGGCAAACACCCCUUAGGUCAGUUGGAAAUGGAAGUACGCGAUGGCAAAGCGUUCAUUGCUGGCACUAAUACUUUGUGUGGUAGUAUUGCACCAUUAGAUACAUGCGUACGCAUUUUCAAAAAGGCAACCGAUUGCUCUACUGUAUAUGCGCUAGAAUGCGCAACACUACAUCCGGCAAGUUGUUUAAAAAUGGCGGAAACGAAGGGUACGUUAAAUUUUGGCGCUGAUGCCGAUUUUGUUAUUUUGACAGAUGACUUGUUUGUAAAGUCGACAUGGAUUAAUGGCAAAUGCGUAUACCGUUGCAAACCUGAAGAAUUGGAAGCGCUCACUGCCAGACCUAUUGAACAAUUAUGCGAGUGUACAUAAAUUAGGUUGAAAAAAUGUAUUGAAUUCGUUAUUUUAUUCAGUUGCACAAUUGCUGAAAUUCAAAUUUUAUUGCUUUUAUAACCUAAAAGUUUUUAUUUAGAUCGCUUGAAUCAACAUGCAACUUAUUUAAAAUCAAUUUUUGCAUUAAAUUGAUGCUUACAUUUUUAA